AUGGCACCUUCCACUCGCUCGAGUGGCAAAGCUGUUGCUAAACAGACUAAGAAGCGAUCGGCAGAGGACAGCGACACUGGCGACUUCGAAUAUGAUUCGAGCGAUGAGGAGGGCGCGAAGAAGAAGGGAGCUGCACGCAAACCUCCAGCUAAGCGUGCAAAGACCACGAAGUCUACUAAGGGGGGGAAGAAACGUUGCGGUAAACUGGGAGCACUGCCGGUCAUGCCUCUAGACAUCCUUGAGGAGAUCUUCUCUCUUUUGAACUGGACAGAUCUUUUCUCUAUAUCACGGACGACGAAGGCUUUCCGUUCUCUCUUGCUGAAGGAUGCGCAGUUUAGACCACUGUGGGCGCAGGCGUGGUUGCGUGUGGAAGGCUAUCCUGCGUGUCCCGAAGAUGUGCAGCUCUACAAAUGGCUUCAUCUGCUCUUUGGUGGCUCUUAUUGCCAUACGUGUUCGGCUUCAUCCGUGCACCGCAUUUAUUUCUCGAUCCAAGCGCGUGUCUGCGUGAGCUGUGUCAAGGCAAACAUGUUGCCACACGGGAGCGAGUACCUCCGCAUCUAUGUCAGCGGCAGUGGUGGCUCUACGGAGCGCCGCGUUUGCGAGCUUAUACCUGCUGUUACUCUCCCUCCGAAUAGAGGGCGGGCGGAUCAUCGUUAUGUCUUCCCCGCCGACUAUACGACUCUCAAGAAGAAGAUCGAGGAAAUUGAUGAGAGGUUCAAGUUCCAGAACUACAACGAAGGUCAAAUACAGAAGAGCGAAUACAUUCGCGCUCGUUACAGCGAGUAUCUCCCUCGCUUUCAGUACGCGCAAGAAUGCGAGCAAUGGCAAGGGGAUAGGCUAGAGCAGCGCGCAGACAACGUCGAGGAGCGCCGUAGCAAGCGUCGCGCAGAGAUAUCCAAAAGACUGAAACAACUCGACUACACCGACGACGACAUUGCUCCCGUUUGGAAACUAAAGGAUGUCAACGUAGCGAAGCCAUUGACCGAGCGAGCAUGGAAUAGCCUCUUCCUCACAUUGCAGCCAACACUGGACGAUGGACGCUCGACUCGCCUCAAGAGAGAGCACGACGCUCGUCACGACUCUCGCGCAGACGCGGCGCGUGAAGCUUGGUUUGCUCUCAUGCAGUCACUUUCAAUACAUCCCAGAGACCUUCCCUAUCUGCCGAUUCCAGACCAAUGCGUGAGCUUGGAACCGAUAUCGCGAUUGGUUGAUGAAGACGUGGAAGUGUCUGAGGAGUGGCUUGAACGUCUACGUGCAGCGUGUCCCGAGGCACUCGACGUUGCUCGCAAUAUCUGGGCCGAACGACGGCUAACCGCUGCCACGAUGAUCGUAAAGCAGGAUACCGCCUUUAAAGAUGCCCUGGAAUCCGGAGAGCUGGACUUGACUCAUAUUUUAUCUCGUGCGACGUCUGUAUUCCGGGUCUGUGGCGGCGACAACCGUGAUCGUUUCGGAUUCGAAGCUUUGAGCCAUGCGCGAGAGCACAUCCAGCAUACCGACUUGACCGACAACUACGACAACGAGCGCAUAUGGGACCGUGAUCGUAUCAAAGUCCUGGAACAUGGCAGAGGAGCCGUCGGAGCUGUAUUAAAGCAUCUGGGACUUGGCCUCGAAACAACCAUUCGCGAACUGGACCGCCUUGAACCUAUCUUCAUCUGCUUGUCAUGUCCCGCUCAGAAGCGCAAGUGGCUCAUAGACGACUUCCUUGGGCGUGCAGCUCUCGGCUGGCGUGAUAUGGUCCGGCAUCUGUGUAAUGGGCAUGAGAAGGGGGUGCCUGACGUUCGUAUGCGGCUACUUACCGUCGCAGAAAUGGCCGAAAUGGCUGCCGUCAUCCUGCCUACGGGCGAAAAGUUCCAGCCGCCAUCGUAUGUUUACGGGGGUAACGGGAUAUGUUGGGGUUGCUGUCAUUGCACAGAAAGCAUGAAAGCUCGCAACCCUCGGAGUAGCACGAUCAAUCACCUGAUGCGCCGUGCAGCACUGGACGAACAUCUUCGAACAAGCCACCAAAUUACAAGCCCGCAGGAGGACCUCGACUAUUACUGGCACCCGUCAUUCUGCCGUGUAGGGCUACUGAAGGGGUAUGGUUCGGGAUACAAGGUCCCCUUUGACGAGGACUCCGCGACCAGUGAGGCCUAA